UUUGACACACGAGUUAGGAAGCUCUUGGUAGUUGGGCUGAUCUCUGCAUUGCUAUCUCACUAAUGGAUGCAGGAUAAUGAUGUAGUCUGAUCUCUUCUACCCCUUGGAGGUCUGUGCUGACCUAAGCCACAAUUUAUGCACGUAUCCUACCCUUAACAAGGUGUUUUUUAUUUAUAAUGGAGAAUGAUGUCAUGCUCCCAGUUCACACUGAUUUAUUUGAGCAUUUUCAGAACACUUAUUUGAAUGUUGAGAGCCCAAGCUUGUAGUAACAGCAGCUAGCUAAUGCUCACUUGUGUAGUGUCCAUUGUACAGAUGUGCAAAUGUAUACACAUAUACUGUUCAUGACAAAUCAAUAAAUCCGUCUGUUAAAAAGUCACUACGAGCAAAUUGUAAUCUUUUAGUCAAAUGUGUUAUUUAAAUAAGGAAUAAAACACUUGAGGCCAUGCAGUUAGAGGAAAAUAAUCAAUGACGGCAUGGUGGAGAUGCUGUUACACCAUAGCAAAGUUGCUAGUCGGUGUCUAUUUUAUUUACAGUAUUUAUUUGUUGAAUUGUGUUGCAACGCAUGUUUGAGCAGUUUAUGUAUAUUUGGGCAGGAGCUUGAGACAUUUGUUUUUGUUUACCUAGACUAGACUGGUAGAGUGGAGAAUAUAUGGAAGAUUUGUGGAAAGAUGGAUGGAUUAGAGAAUAAAACUCUGACUGGAUGGAUGGAUGGAUGGAUGGAAGCGUGAAUGAUGAAUGGGUGGAUGGACUAUAAAUUGAGAAUGGAGAUGGAUGGAUAGGAAAGUAGAACAUGAAGUACAACGCUGAACAUAAAAUGUAUGGGAUGGAUGUGAGUGGGAGAUAAAUGGCAGGAUGGAUUGGUGGGAGAAUGGAUGAAAAUGGAUAGGGUAGAAAAUUGAUGGCUGGGAGAAUGGAUCAUAAAUUGAUAGAGCAAAGAUCAAUGGGUUGAUAUACUGAAGACUGAAUAGAGGGGUGAAUGGGUAAAAGAAUGAAGGAAUUGAAGGAAGGAUGUCUAGAUGAAAGAAGAGAUGAAUAGAAGGAUGUGACUGGAUGGAUGUAACAGUGGAAUUUAUAAUAGGUAGAAGGAUGGAAUUUUCAGUAUAUAAUUAGUUAAAGGUAAAAGGAUAGAUGGAUGAUAAACUGAUCGAAAGGAAAACAGGAUCGAUGGAUGAUAAACUGAUUGAAAACAAUGAUGGAAUGAUAGGGAAAAACCGUCAAAACAAAGUAUGGAUAGAUGAUAUACUGACAAAAAGAUGGAUGGAAGAGAAACUGAUAGAAGUGAAAAGGAUGGUUGUAUAAUAAACUGACGGAGCUGACAAAAGGAUGGAUGGUUAGAUGAAUAGAUGGAUACAUGGAUGGAUGAUUAAGACACUGAUAGAACUGAAAAGGAUGGAUGGGUAAUAAACUGUUGGACCUGGAAAAAUGAUGGAUGGAUGGAUGAUGAAUUGAAAGAACAAAAAUAGGAUGGAUGGAUGGACAAUAAACUGAUCCGACUGAAAAAAGAUAGUAUUAUGGUUGGAUGAUAAACUGAUGGAAGCGGGGGAAAAUAUGAAUGGAUGCAUAACAAACUGAUAGAACAAAAACGGUGGGAUUAUAGGUGGGUGGAUGGAUGGAUGAUAAACUGAUAUAACCAAAAAUAGAAUGUAAUAAUGGAUGGAAGAUGAACUGAUCGAACCAGUAAAGAUUUAUGAUGGAUUACCAGUAAAGAUUGAUGGAUGAUAAACUAAUAUAACUGAAUAAAAAGGAUGGAAUAUGGUGGAGUGGAGACAGAAUAAAUGGAUGGAAGAAAUAUAUGUAAACAUGUUUAAUCUGCACUAAUCCUGUUUAUAAUCUCACUGCACCUUUUAAACAGGUUCUGUGUUGAAGCCCAUUGUACAGUUUAUCAGGUGAGAGAAUUAUUUACCUCAGGAUUGGAGGACUCGGACUACUCAUCGAAAAAAAGAGAAACUCGGUUGCCUUGUCAUCGGUCAAGCACAAACCCAUCCGUCACUCGCGUCACUGUGAGCUACUGAUUCAAUUUCUUUUUGUUGAGAACUUAGCAUCUACUUUUUGUCUAGUUGUGUUGAGAAUUUAUCAUCCCAGUGCUGAAUGUAGCACUCCAUUAGCAGGAGACUCUUUUGGAAACAGGACUCAGCCGUUCACAGCUAUGUGACAAUGUGUGUGUGUGUCUGUCUCACAGUUCACACUUCUUUUUCCAAGCUCUAUUUAGGACAUAACCCUAUUCAGUAUGCCUGCUGUGGUUUGAAGGCUCAAUUUGCAUGUAACUCCAACUUAAACUAUGCAGUUGUUGCGAACCAGAUGUUGCUUCACGAAGACUGAUGGACGGAUAGAGAUGUGUAGGGAGGACCUGCAGUAUACUAAAUAAACAUGGUGCUCAUAGAGUGCUUGAGAAAGCAGGAUGUUCCACUGAGGAAAGAAUGAUGCUGAAAGCAUCCUGUUUCUCAUAAUAUCCCUAUCGUUUUUAUUAAGUCAAUGGAGAUUUGGGUAAAGUAGUGACAACAUGGCUCUCUAAACUAAGCUGUUUAGUGCAACUAUCAAGUAUCUAUGUCUGUAUUCAGGUUUAAACCUGACGUGGGUGUGGCCUAAACUGGACAAGGUUACCACGCUGAACCUGGAAACACUGGAAGAAACCCAGAGGUAGAAAUGUCAGCAGUGUCAGCAGCCAGGGCCGGAGUGGGACUGAUUUUCCGCCCGGGCAUGUCAUCUGAGUAAUCCAUGCAUGUGGCCUCUAUAUGCAGCGCACACACUAAAUACAUAUAUACAGCUGCAAUCAAAAUGAAUCAACCCCCAUUGCAAAUCAGGUUUAUUGUGAAAAUGUACAGACUUUCAGUAGUCUGCAAUGAACAAAUCAAACAAAAGCAAUUGAAAUAGUUCAACACAAAGCAUGCUUCUAGUGGUUUCCAAAAAAUUCAACUGAAAACACGACUUAUAAGGACUUCCCCAGUUUCAAAAUGAUUCAACCCCCUGAAUAGAAUCCCUCGUAACAGCACAAAUAUACAAAGCAGGUGUUGUCUAAGCACACCUGAUGUAACUAAUCAAGGGCUUCAUUAGUUGCACCAGGUGUGCUUGAGCUGGAACACAUGGAAUACCUGAACAGGCUAGGGGUAGAAAGAUAUGGAAUACCUGGACCGGGCAGAAAAAGGAAGCUAUCGACGGCUGCAAGCAGAUUUCUAAGACUCUGGAUCCACCACAACCCUGUUCAGAAUAAAGAGCUUACUGAAAGCAUGAAGACUCCCCUGAGCCCGGCACAGCUGAUGGAGAACAGCCCUCCGUACUUUCCUGUCACAGAGCUGAUGGACGGAAUGGUGAACGUUUCGACGCAGGAGAGGAAGAAGCUCCUGUACUCACUCUGCGAGGUGUGUAACAUCCAGCUGAACUCGGCUGCUCAGGUGCAGACGCACUACAACGGGAAAUCACACCUGCGCAGAGUCAAACAGCUCAACAACGGGGAGAGUCCACCAGCCAGCAGCAGCAGCGUCCCAAAUCUGCUCACCACGACAAUUACAAGCAGCAGCACGGGAAGUUCAUGCCACAGUAACACGCUCCCGGCUCUUGUGCGUACGCCUCCUCUGAUGAUGCAGUCCACGCUGGACAUGAAACCGUUUAUGCCUUUCCCCGUGGAUGGAUCAUCUCCUGUCGGUCUCUUCGCCAAUUUCAGCACGAUGGAUCCCGUCCAGAAAGCCGUAAUCAACCACACGUUUGGGGUCUCCAUCCCUCCGAAGAAGAAGCAAGUGAUCUCGUGCAACAUCUGCCAGCUCCGUUUUAACUCGGACAACCAAGCCGAGGCGCACUACAAAGGAAGUAAACAUGCCAAGAAGCUCAAAGCACAAGAGUCCACCAAAACUAAACAGAAAGGCGGAGCUGGUUCGGACAACGGCGCCAAGCCAAUCAGCACUGGUCCUUCCCCCGCCCCCGCCUCCUCUGCUAUGGUCACUGACAGCACCUCUGACCAAUCAGAGAAAAGCCCAGAAUCACCCAGCGCUCCCAAAGCCCCUGUCUCUCCACGUUUCUUGGUGCCUGCCUCUCCGUUAGCGUCUGGCACCUGUAAGCCGAAUCCUGCACCCUCAAGCUCGCCGGCAGAGCACAAAGCCAGUCCCAAACCGAGCCAGGCUGAACCGAGCGCAGAAUCCGAGGAGGAGAAAGCCAAGAAACUGCUCUACUGCUCGCUGUGUAAAGUGGCUGUCAACUCCCUGUCGCAGCUGGAGGCUCACAACACAGGUUCGAAGCACAAAACCAUGCUGGAGGCGAGGAAUGGAGCCGGCCCCAUUAAAGCCUACCCUAGGCCUGGCUCCAAACUCAAAAUGCAGGCCAAUGUUCUGAAGGGUUCGGGAUUACAGAACAAGACGUUCCACUGCGAGAUCUGCGACGUCCACGUCAAUUCAGAAAUCCAGCUCAAACAGCACAUCUCCAGUAGAAGGCACAAAGACCGUGUGGCAGGAAAACCUCUGAAGCCCAAAUACAGUCCUUACAACAAGCAGCAGCGCAGCUCCAACUCCCUUGCAGCUAAGCUUGCACUCCGGAAAGACGUCGUGAAACCCAUCUCUCCAGCCUUCAUCUCCUCUCCAUUCUCCUCCACCACGAUUCCGUCCAUCUCGCUCCACCCGCGCCCCAACACCUCCAUCUUUCAGAGUCCGGCGCUGCCAGCCUCCUUCCUGCGAGGGGCACCGGGGCCCAUCCGGCCCUCCAGCAGUUCCAUCCUCUUUGCCCCCUACUGAAAAAUGCUGAGGAUGAGAGGCUGAUGCUCUGACCUCGGACCUCUCAGGCAUGGAAUACUCAAGAGAUGGCACAGCCUGAGAGAGGAAGGUGUGUUUGUUUAGAAACUAUUUGAUGGUCCAAGUCCUCAUGUGCUACUGGAAGGAGGGUUUGGAUUUUUGUACAAGGAAAAAUAAAAAUCCUCUUUCCAUGGUCUUUCAAUGGUCCAAGUUCUCGUGAGGUGCUCGGGGAGUGUUUGGAUUCUCACAGAAGGAAUAACUAAAAAAAAACUGCUUCCUGAUUGACUUGAAUGAUCGUGGUCUUCCUCUUCGAUGGAACAGACACUUCUGGAUACACACAUGGAAAGAAAAAAAAAAGUCUAACAAUCACGAACCUAUAACAAUCAGAUGCUCCGUGUUGCGUUCAGUGGCUCGAUGUGGUCAGGGAAUGUGUGCUGUCUCGUAUCGUGUAGUCGAUGAUGCUUCAUCGUCAGUGCUGGACUUUGUUCCUUGUUUGUUCUCUUCUUGUUUUUUUUUUGUUUUUGUUUUUUAAUCUGAUGUUGUUGUGUCGUUUCUUUAUUGAGCCUCUGAACAAACUUUCAUCACUUAUUCGUUGGGUUACUGUCAUCUACUUCACACAUUUACACUAAAUCCCUUUUUCAUUUAAAUUAAACACCGAGCCUGAGGCUAAUUUCUUCAUUUGGAAUCCUCCUGAUCACAGAUUACGACAUUUAUGCUAGCGUUAUGACCGAUUCCUCAUUUUAAUUUCCACUUGAAAAUGGAUUUUUGAUUUUUAUUAAGAGUCUUUUUUUUAAUUAUUUAGACUUCUUUUAUUAAGAAAAACCAUAGGAUUCCAAUGUCUUAUUCACUCACUCCUUGCACUCACAGACAAAUGACACUAUUACACCAGAGGUGAUGCUGAUUUCUGGCGUUAAUUUUCAUUGUGAUUUUGAAAACCCAGGAACUCCACCGACCAAUCAUGUCCGUGUACCGUAUUUUCCAGACAAUAAAGUCACCUCUCGUUGUAAGACGCGGCCCAGUAAAUUCUCUCUGCUUAAGCCUGUUUUACGUUGUACGAUUCCUUGCCUGGGGUAUUAGCACAUUUGCUCUUGCACCUCCAGGUCUGGGGGUUCGAAUCCCGCCUACACCCCAUGUGUGCAAAGUUUGCAUGUUCUCCCCGUGCUUCAGGGGUUUCCUCACGGUACUCCAGAUUCCUCUCUCAGUCCAAAGACAUGUGUUUUAGGCUAACUGGUAUUUCCAGAUUGUCCGUAGCGUGUGAUUGUGCCUUGCGAUGGUUUGGCCCCCUAUCCAGGGUGUCCCCCACCUUGACCCCGAGUUCCCUGGGAUAGCCUCCCGGCUCCCUGUGACCCUGCAUAGUAUAUACAAAUAAACCGAUGGAUGAAUUUCUGGCGUGAUCUUGCUGUCACAGACAAAAAUCGCACAUUGUAAAAGAAUUCUUUGGUCGUGUGUUGAACGCAUCACUCGACAUGCUCAUCGGUGGCCGCUGCUACUGUCUAAAAGCCACCAGUAGAAGGAUGACAUAGGAUUACUAUUGUAUAGCUACAAAUACGGUAGACAAAACAUAAACAUUGUUUGUUUAGUUGUUUAUUAUACGAACCCAUUUCUCACAGGAGCCUGGAUCAAACACAGCUCUAUCGUUAGAGGACCUUCAUUGUAUAAUCCGACACGAGGAACACUCUCUCACAUGGUUUGAUAUAGGAUUCGUAAAUCUCGUAUAAUAGUAAGUAAUAAUCUUCAGAGUGCUGCAAUCACACAGUCUAAAUCCAGCGUUAGAGAAAGAAUCAAUCAAUAUGUGCAUUGUCCUCCAAGUCACACUAAUGUUCCAAACAUUUUUAGUGUGGUAAUGUUUGUACUUGCUUCAAAAUGGCGCUUUAGAGCUCUCUAUUUAGUUUUUUUGUCCUGGUAGUGUUGCAACAGUUCAGGGCUGUAUUGUUUCCUGAUCAGAAACCUUUUCUUUCUACUUAGCUCUUAUCUGUCUGAUCAUAUCACUGUCCUGCUGGAAAAGAAGAAAAAACAAAACAAUAGAAACCCUCAUCGAAUGUGUAAUGGUUUUAAUGUUAUAAUGGGAAUUGUAUUGGUUUUAAUGGAAACUGUAAUGGUUCCUGUAAUGGAGUCUCUACUGGUAAUUUGUUGCCUUCUGCUGGUGGCAUGUUAAAGUCUAGUGGAUACCGUUAAGGACCAAUAAUUGUAAUGGUUUUAAUGGUUAGCUGAUGGUUUGUAAUGGUAUUUGUAGUGGAAACCAUUAGGAUCUCUAUGAUGGUUUCUGGGGUUUUUUCAGCAGGGUGCCACUACACCAAUGCUAAUUUCUAUGACAAAACAUCUUAUGCUAGCACCAAGCUAAUGUUAAUUUAGCACCAAGCUGUGGCAGUCCACCCUGAUGCCAUAGAUGGUGUUCCAUCAUCUGAGGUCACAUACACGGAUUAAAAAAAUGUUACAAACAUUUUUACUGAUUCAGAAUCUGAGUAACUGUUUGAGAAAUCUAACUAGCUUGCAUUAUCUAGCUGUGCUAGUCUUACAGCAGAGGGCACCCACUGGAGUAUCUUAGCUAAACAUAAAAGGUUAGCUAGCUAAUAGCACUGUAAAAUAAUAGCUCUAUGUCAUAUAACUAGCGGGCUACAUCAAGACAUGCCAUUGAAAUGAAUGUAAAUAAUUAGCAAGCUAAUAACAUUAUAAAAUAAUAGCUCUAUAUGAUGUUAUAAAACCGUUUACACCAUGAGGGUGAUCACUGGAGCAGCUAAAAAUGAAAAGCUCCACUUACUCUAUAAAACUAAGUGCUUUAUGAGAUAAAACAUUAUUAUUACAGUAGCUAAACAUUACCUACAUAACCUAAAGAGCUAGCUAGCUCAACACUGUCGUUUGGAAUGGGGUUCUCUGGUAAACAGAGUAGCAUAAUUGAUAUAGUAUCACGCCGACCGUAAAAACUCCAGUAAAUAGGAUUAAUAAAGUCAAAUGCUGAACUGUUUUGCUGAACUAUUUUGUUGCUUUUGGAUGUAUGUAAUACUAGCACUUGGGCAACAAAAACGUCUCAUCAUCUGGAAAAUGCGGUAAUAUCCUUAUUUUGUACACACACACACACACACACACACACACAGUAAAUAUACAUUUAAGUUUAUCCCAGGUUUCCCAUUUUUCAUUACAAAUUCGCCGUAAUAAGACUAAACAUGUCGUCUUUUCAUUUCUGUGUAAAAUCCGCUUUUGUAAUUAAACUGCACUAACUCUGCAGCUCUUUGGCAAUGCAAUAAUGUACAGAAUGUUCGAUAUCGAUAUUCUCUGUAGUGUAUUUAAUGUUUACCUAAAAGGUUGCAAUACUUGUUGUACUUUAUGGAUUGGAGGAGGUGCUAAGAGACAUAGAAAAAAAAAAAACAUUUUAUUUGUAUUUUUAAAAAUUCUCAGAAAGAGAAAACCCUCGUUCACAGAGAAUUCUUUAUUUAGAUCAUGAUCUGUAUGUAUGAGAGGAUGUACAUAACAAUAUUUCCUUUUCAAUAAAAUAAUAUAUUUCAAUGAUUUUCUUCCCAGAUGAUACUGUACAGUACUUUUUGUCCAUGAACAUAAAAGAUAUUUGAAAUUACUUCUUUUUUUUUUUUUUUUUUUUUUUUUUUUUUU